AUGACAAUCCUGUUCGGUCCUCGCUCCUUUGUGGGAACAUUCGGCCUUGUCGCCUCAUUCGUCUUUGUCGCGAUUUCGCAAGCUCAUGGUCCAAUACACCCCGUAGAGCCCAGCGGUCCACAGCGUCUUGCUUGGGAGCAGCCAGAAGCUCCUAAGAACGAAGGCAGUAGCGGCAGCGAACAAGGCUCUUACCAAGGUAGUGAAGAGGGCUUUAGUGAAGGCACUGUUCCUCCUCCUCGUUGGCAUGGUGAAGCAUUCUUUAUUCCUGGAAUGCCUAGUGGCUCAGUCGUUUUAAAGGACGAAGAAGAGGAACAGGAAACCACGGAGGUCGCACGAGAACCAGUUCUAACGCGUACAAGAGAAACGCAGGAUAUCCAGAGUUCAGGAAGAGGAGCUGUUCCAAACGGAGGCAUGCGGCUGCCCUACUCACAGGCUCCUCCGGAGCUGCCUAGGCACUGGAGAUCGCACAGAAGAGGGCCCAAGCACGCGCACCACCCAAGCUGGACUGCCUCUCAAGACCUUUCGAACGAACAGGUCGCGGCGGGAUUGCACGCAGCAGUGCGUGCCUAUCAGCAUGCGCGGGAUGCUGGGGAUCUCCCAGCAGGCAUCCCCAACCCUAAUAGAUUCCCAAGAGGCACGGGAACCCCGCAGGCAAAAGGCAUGAACAGAGGCGGCUCGCCGCAGCUCUUUCGCGCUCUCCAGAGUGCUCAGUUCCCGCGGCGCACGGGAACGCCCCAGUUAAAGGCCACUACAAGGCGAGGCGCUUCACCUUUUGUCCCUCCAGGAAGCCAAGUUCCCCCGUUUACAGGAAGUAUGGAGACGGCCCGGGGGACAAACACUCAUAGAGAAGAAUAUCCCCUAGUUUCUGGAGACUCCCAGAACACUCGACUCCGGCCUGGUGGCCCAGCGCUCCACCUCAGACUCGAUGGCGUCAGAGAGGAGCCUCACUGGCGAGUCAAAGCUUCACAAGUCCCGAGAAGUACGGGCACCCCUCGCAUGACUCUCCACACCGAAGAAGACUCCCAAAAGUCAGUCCAUCUGGCUGAGGGACUGCAAGGCACAGGCACGCCGCGGCUGAUUGCCAGCAGUUGCGUCGAAAUUCCCUGGCUGUUCCCCAGUGAAACAGACGAAACCCCACAAUUUUACCAAGACCACCAGGUCCCACGAGGAACGCCUCUGCAUAGGGGCCACGUGAGAGGCAACCCUUCAAGAGCUGUUCACAGCGCUCAACCAAUGAGAAACCCGGGUGCUUCCUGGGCAAGAGGAAACAAAGGGGAGAACUCAUGGCGAAGUGCACACGCGAUGAAUAUUUCACGUGGCACUGGAACACCUCAGCUUGCAAGCCACAGCAGAGAAGGCUCCCCCACAGUCGUUCACGGCAUUGGUGGUCCUCUAUUUCCACAAAGCACGGGUACUCCCCGCUUGGGUGUUGAUAUUAAAUUCGGCGACUCGCAGUCAAACAGUCCAGCUGGAAUGAAUGAAGAUUACAUCAGCGACCUAUAUGAAUAUGAUGGAUUUUUUCCUACAAUAGAUGGCUCCAUGCCGCGGAAAGAAGAGGAAUUUUUCGGGCCGUAUUACCCCUAUGCAGAAGAAGAACAGGGAUUUGUUGUUCCUCACGCCAUUACGAGCUGCACUUCUGAUAGCCCUCAAGUCGUAUACGGACAGGCAUUUCACGUUUCCAGGAGUACUAACGAGCGCUUCCAGCAUCAGAAGGGAGAGCUGCAGAAUCUUCAGACCAGUGUAGACUGUCUUUCUGAGACUGGCCACACAAACGAAGAAUCUCUUGCAUGCAGCUGGCUCAUUACUAUGGGGUCCUAUCACAACUCGGGCAUUUGGCUGCACCAAGCAAGGAAAACGCUAGAAACGACUCACCUGUGGAUGGGGACAGAGAAUAUUCGCCAUGCGCUUCUCUACCAGGCAAUGCUACAAGAUGUGCUUUGCGGGCGUCAGGCAUCGCGAGCUAUGUCAACGGAGAGACUUCGAGCAAACUCUGAUAAGCAGCAUUCAGAGGAAAUCUCGCUUGACCCGUCUUUUAUAGCGGUUCAGGUAGCUAUGUCAGUUCUGUCUGAGGACGAUGUCGGUCACGUGCAACCUGCACAAACGGGACGCUCUGCGCAUGGUUUUGCCGAUGUUUCCGCAGCCAGCACAGUGGCUCAUGAAGACGACCCAGAAAACAUGAAUGCGGCAGCUUCUCUGUUGGCUUCUUCUUUGUCCCGCUCCCUUUGGUUGGAAGAUACGAGUUUCAGGGCCUCUUCAUCCUUGCUUGAUUCUUUUCCUGCCAUCUCGCAGCAUUCUGAACCACCAGCCGCAGUGCAUAGCUGUUUUUCAUCACAGUCUGAAAGCUACAACGCAGCACAGUUUGCCCUAAACGGUGAAGGGUUCCAUGAAGGCUCAACGGCAAGUGUUUUUUGUUCUCCUGAUGGUCACCACCCAGAAGACCUGAUGUUUAAUGCCGAGUUCGCCAUGAGCAGAGGCAUGAUGGGGUCUAUACGCGAAUGGAGAUCAACAGAAACCCAGGAAGAUGUUCAAGCACUGCCCUGGACCAAUGACCCUGAAGCAAAUUUGACUCACCGUGCUCACAUUGCUUUGGGUAAACGUCACGGCCCAGCAGGGUCGCGAAACUUUGUAGCGGAGGAGCAGAGAACUAAUGCUUUUUUUAACAGCACCUCUCUUAUCAAUGAGUCCGGGAAAUCCAUUCUCGAAUUGCUGGGAAAAAUUCCGGAGCAGACGGAGUCAUCUCCAACAAGUGUAUUCUUCUGUGGAUCCAUAGUGUCUCCGGCCAAAAAUUUAGAUACAACGCUUAUCCAAGUACAGUGCAAUCCCAUGCGCGAUGAGCGGCUCGAUAGCGUGAAUGCUUCGCACCACUCCCUGGAGUCUUCUUCCAAAAUAUCAAGGAGCAGAACAGAAAGUAUUUCGAGAAAUGAAACGCCCUUAGGGAGAGCUUCGUCAAACAUCACAGCUUAA